CAUUCGUCCUGUCAGGUACAUACUAGUACUGGGUCUAAGGUCCCGUGGAUGGGACUUGACAUGGAUGGGGAAAGACCUCCGCAAUCCGGCGACAGUGAUUGGCCGGGAGAUGACUAAGCGUCUCCCUAAAUUUUUCGGGGGACUUUGGAGAUCUCCUCGACCCUCGGACUAGCUCUGCUCUUCCUUUCCAUCGCGUUUUCCCUGGUUUUCUUUUCGCUUGUUAUUCUACUGCAGGGCAGUCAACAUGUCUAGCAUCUCCAGAACCGCUAAUCUUCUCCUGCGCUCUAGCAGGGCCUCCCUGCUGCGCCCUCGUGCUGUCAACCCUGUUCAGCAUGUUUUGGGUAAAGACAGACUGGCUGCCCGUGGUAUGGCAACCGCCUUCGAGCGCUCUAAGCCUCACGUCAACAUCGGUACCAUUGGUCACGUCGAUCACGGCAAGACCACUUUGACGGCUGCUAUCACCAAGCACCAAGCUUCCAAGGGUCUCGCCCAGUUUCUCGAGUAUGGCGCCAUCGACAAGGCCCCCGAGGAGCGCAAGCGCGGUAUCACCAUCUCGACUGCUCACAUUGAGUUCUCCACCAACGACAGGCACUAUGCCCACGUCGACUGCCCCGGUCACGCUGAUUACAUCAAGAACAUGAUCACUGGUGCUGCCAACAUGGACGGUGCUAUUGUUGUCGUUGCUGCCUCGGAUGGUCAAAUGCCCCAGACCCGUGAGCACUUGCUGCUUGCCCGUCAAGUUGGUGUCCAGAAGAUCGUCGUUUUCGUUAACAAGAUCGAUGCUGUCGAUGACCCUGAGAUGUUGGAGCUUGUCGAGCUGGAGAUGCGUGAGCUCCUCAGCAGCUACGGCUUCGAGGGUGAAGAGACCCCCAUCAUCUUCGGCUCUGCUCUGUGUGCUCUGGAGGGCCGUCGCCCCGACAUUGGUACCGAGCGUAUUGACCAGCUUAUGGAGGCUGUUGACACCUGGAUCCCUACCCCUCAGCGUGAUCUUGACAAGCCCUUCCUUAUGUCCGUUGAGGAAGUCUUCUCUAUUGCCGGUCGCGGUACUGUCGCCUCCGGCCGUGUUGAGCGUGGUGUCUUGAAGAAGGACAGUGAAGUUGAACUCGUUGGAGGCAGCUUCGAUGCUAUCAAGACCAAGGUCACUGACAUUGAGACCUUCAAGAAGUCUUGCGACGAAUCUCGCGCUGGUGACAACUCCGGUCUGCUUCUCCGUGGUAUCCGCCGUGAGGACGUUAGGCGUGGUAUGGUCAUUGCCGCCCCUGCCAGCACCAAGGCACAUGAUAAGUUCUUGGUGUCCAUGUACGUUCUGACUGAGGCCGAGGGUGGCCGUCGUACUGGCUUCGGCAGCAACUACCGCCCCCAGGUGUUCGUCCGCACUGCUGAUGAGGCUGCUGACCUCAGCUUCCCCGAUGGCGAUGAAUCCCGCCGUGUCAUGCCCGGUGACAAUGUCGAGAUGGUUCUCAAGACCCACCGCCCCAUCGCUGCUGAGGCUGGCCAGCGCUUCAACAUCCGUGAGGGUGGCCGCACAGUUGCCACUGGUCUCGUGACCCGUGUCAUGGACAAAUAGAUGCCAGAUCGUUACGGUGAUCGAUGACUUGGCGGUCUUUUUACUAUGAAAAAAAAAUUAUGUUUGGAUUUCUUUUUCUUGCAGCGCGGGAAACAGCGAAGGGAUCCGGGAAACAUUGAUACCGGAGUUCGUGAGUCAUGCCAUGUACCUGUAUUGUAUUCAACCAUGUAGACAUUUUUAUUAUCCUCUUUUGUUAUUCUCCCCUCACUUAUUUCUAAAUAUGUCAUUGAAUAUGAAUCGGAUGAUUACCAUAAUGCGCAAAAUUCAAUAUAUUCGUGUACCAACCUGAAAGGGUAAAC